AUGGCGCUGCUAGCUGCGGGCGCCGCUGCGGCGGCGGCCUCGGGGAUUAGCAUGUAUCUCGACGCCAAGUACUCAAUCCGUAGCGACCUUGCCCAGCUUCGAGGAGCCAAGCAACUGCAGAACUUCGUCGAGAACUUGUACACGGAAUACGGAGAGGACGACUGGUCCUUCUACCACACCAUACAUUCGACAUAUGCCGAGAAUCACCAUACCGACAAGGAGGCAUUCGUCUUCGAGGGCCGAACCUGGACGUAUCGCCAGUUUCGUGAAGAGAUUGGUCGACUUGCCGAAGCGUUCGAGAGGCUCGGUAUCAAAAAUCGGACCGUGGUGGGGAUGUUCGUCAACAACUCGCCCGAGUUCAUAUUUGCUUGGUGGGCUCUCUACAAGCUCGGUGCUGUUGCCGCGCCUGUGAACACAUCCAUUACUGGGUCCCACAUCAAGCAUUGUCUCAAAGUCAGCGAGGCCGAGUUCUGCAUCACGACUUACGAGCUGUAUGGUAUCUUGACGAGAGCGUUGGUGCAAGACGAGGCUCUUCCAGGUUCAUCAACACCGAGGAUUGUUUUGUACGAUUAUAGCUCGUACCUUCCAAUCCAAGCCGAGCUUCAAGGAAAUGUGCUGCUGAAGCACGACGAGCUGCCCCCUGUAACACCGGAAAUGGCGGAUUAUCCCAAACACAAGAGGCCGAAAGUUGGUCCCACGGACGCCGCGCAAUAUCUCUUCACCUCCGGAACAACAGGGAUGCCCAAAGCUCUGAUCUGGCCGCUUGGAUACAAUCGUCUGACCGGAUGUCCAUACAGAUGGCCAGGCAUGCAGGGAAGCCAUAGAAGAUGGUACAUAUGCUUGCCUAUGUUUCACGGAACCGCAUCCUUCGCUGCUCUACCUGGCGCGUUGGCGUCCUCCGGGACUGUCAUUCUUGCGCGGCGUUUUUCGCGUCGGGAGUUCUGGGCAGAUGUUCGACGUUCACAGGCGAACGCCAUCCUCUAUAUCGGCGAGAUGUUCCGCUAUCUAGUCCAGUCUCCCCCUGACCCUCGAUUUCCAAACGAAAAGGACCACGGGGUUGAUCUUGCAUUUGGUCUCGGGCUAGCUCCCACUGUAUGGCGAGCAGUAAGAGAAAGGUUUGGCAUCGAUUGGAUUGUAGAGUACUACUCUGCAAGCGAGGCAACGAUCUCGCUGAUGAACUCGAAUAAGAAUGAUCUCGGGGUGGGAAAGGUUGCCCGAUACGGGCCCAUAAUGCGGAGUAAAUGGUUUGGCCAGGGAGCGUUUCAGCUUAUCCGGGCUGAUUUCGAGACCGGGGAAAUCGUGAGAGACCCCAAGACAGGGUUCUGUAUCAAGACAAAGCCCGGAGAGGUCGGUGAGGCCAUAAGCAAGAUCGUUCCUCCCAUUCAAAGACGACACGACUAUGUUGGAGAGGGCGGUGAAGCCGCCACCCAGAAAAAGAUCUUGCGAGAUGUGUUUGAAAAAGGGGACGAGUACACUCGGAUUGGGGAUGCAUUGGUGAUGGACGAAGAUGGAUUCAUCCAGUUUCGUGAUCGGCUUGGAGAUACCUACCGCGCAAAGGGUCACAAUAUUUCCACGACCGAAGUCGAGGCCUGGCUCAGUAGACAUCCUCGGAUUGCUUCCGUCAACGUCUAUGCCAUCCCAAUGAAUGUAUAUGGAUACGAUGGGCAGUUGGGGUGCGCUGCAAUCACUUUGCAGGGAGUGUCCCCGGGGCAGUCCGAUCAAGCUUACCAGGAAGUCAUGUCGCAACUGGAACACUGGCUACGCACUUCAGAAAGCGCCCUGCCGGCAUAUGCGGUGCCGCGAUUCGUCCGAAUCCUGAUCAACGAUGGUGCGCCACAAGACUCGGGCGGCAUGAGUGGUGACAGCGGCAGCGAACGAGUUUCGACGAUCAUGAAGAAGUUGAAGACAGGUCUCCGAAAGGAUGGCUUCUUGAUUCCAGAGGGUAAUAAAGACCGGAUGUUUUGGAUUGAGAAAGAAGGAUCAGGGUACGCACUACUGACCAAUGAGGCUAUCCAGCGCCUACUCUCCGGCAAGGCUCAAUUGUAA